CUACAAAAGAAGAAGAAGAGAAGAAGAGAAGAAGAAUAAAAGAUUCAGUCCGCCAUUUUACGGUUUUCCGGCUGUAUUCAGUCUGUUUUUGUCAGUUUUUCGGCAUAUUUGUGAUUAUUCGGUGUUUGAAUCAAAAUAAACCUAGUGUGAGCCGUAGCGUGGCCUGACCGCGAGGCAGCACUUGGUGACAGCGUCUGUGAUGGCGGCCGACCGGCGCGAGGAGAAAGACGGAGAGUUGAAUGUUCUGGAAGAUAUUCUGACUGAAGCUCCGGAUCAGGAUGACGAGCUCUACAACCCAGAGACCGAACGGGCCAUCAGCGACAAGAAAGGAACCAAGAGGAAGAGCGAGCGCUCUGACAGCCGUGAUCUGAAGAGGCUCCGCCCCUCUCGCUCCUCCUCCAAUAAGAGAGGCCCACCCCUCUCCUCCACUUCUAAGAAGGUGGCGUGCAGCCCGCGCACCCGCCACGCCGCCAGCUACCGCCACGAGUACUAUGAGGAGCGAAAGGGGCGGCGAGGGGCCCGAGAGGUGACCAGGAGCCGGGCGGGAGAGGACGCCCACCGCAGAGACGCCCAGAGAGGCCUGGAGGCUCUGAGCCAGAUUUUUUGA